UACCAUUUUUAUACCAGCAAGGUGAUUCCCAAAGAGCUAUUAGAUGAAAACCUGCCAUAUCUUGGCAAAGGUGGAAUGUGUCAACUAAAUUAUCAGGAAAAGUGUGGGCUACGGGAAAAAGAAAUACAAAUGUGUACAGUAACCAACUUUCUUUCUGUUGGACAGAAAAAAAUGAAAGUUAGUGGAUUAUAAAUGUUCCUCACAAUUCUGUUUGCACCAAACUAUCCAAUAACCCCGCCCCCCAACCCCCAGUCCAUUGUUCACAUCGGUUGACAAUAAACUUAUCGCUGUAAAGCACAAAUGUAAAGUAUUGUGUAUGAUAAUGCUUGGUGUAUAUUUUCAGCCACACCAAAACCCUGCAUAAGAAUAAUCAAGGGAUAUAAAUUAAACAAACACAAAAAACACUGGGUCAAUGACCCAGUACCAUGACAGUUGAAUGUACAAUAAUAAAGACUUUAAAUCAGAUGACAAUGUAGCUGACACUGUGUUUAUUCGUGUGUGAUCAACCAAAACUCUUCAUACUGUCAUCCAUACAUGAGGUCUUUAUACAAAUGAUGAAAAGACAAUGAAAGAAACUGUUUAAUUGAUAUGAAAUGAUUGAAUUAUAUGAAAUAUUAUGGCUUUGUCUGCCAGAUUGUUUUUCUGUAAACUACUUUGAACUACUGGCAGUCAGUGAUGUCACCUAAAGGCAAGAUUCUAUGUUGUGUUGCCGUAGUUUCCAGAGUUUACUUAUAAAGCUCACUUACAGAACUCAGUUAGAAACCUCAAGCAUUUGAAGGACGCACAUUUGAAGGAAUAUCAACUCAUUACGGUGACAUUUUCGAUUUUAAAAGCUCUCCGAAAUGACCAAGAAAAUGGAAACAAGAAAAAGCACGACUCCAGCAGAUAAGAAAGAUUCAGAUCAAGAUUGUAAGACCAGGACUGCUAAAAGAAAGGCCAGUCCUGAAAAGAAGACCCCAAUAAAAAGGAGGAGGGUCGCUGAGCAGGCUGGUCCUUCCACCAGCUCAGAUGUGGUCAAAGGAGUGAAGCGCAAGGUUGUGCAAGAUGGAGAGGGCACAACAAACCAAGCAAAGAAGGCUAAACUUCUCGACCAUAUGAGCGGUGACAAGGAGCAAGCGUCUUCCUCACUGGACACUGGUAAAGACUGUAGUUUGAACAACAAACAGGUGUGUCCGAGAAAUGACAAAAGAAAGGCCGCGGGAGACGACAGAGAGUCACCCAAGAAAAAAAAAAGGAAUGUGGACCAGGAUAAAAAAUCAGUGGCUGACCAAAAACGUGAAUUCGAAGCCAGAUAUGUGGAGGAGCACCAGCUCGGAGAAGGAGGCUGCGGAGCAGUUUUUGCUGGCUACCGGAUAGAAGAUCGUUUUCCAGUUGCCAUCAAACACAUUCCCAGAAAUAAAGUCUACUGCAAAGUGGCGGUAAGUGUCCAACACUUGAAUCAGUUUUACAUUCCUGGAUUGAAUGCGGCGUUCCUCAUUAUCCACUUUGUAAUAUUUCAGGAUGAAAAUGGGAAGAAGCUCUCUGUGGAAGUGGCCAUUAUGCUUAAACUCGCAGGUGAAGCAGAAGGGUCAGUGGGAACAUCAGCACCUGUGUCCUUGCUGGAGUGGUUCAACCUUGGCAAAGAACUGAUCCUGGUGCUGGAGAGACCUGUCCCUGCUGUGGACCUGCAAAAAUACAAAGCAGAAAAUGGAAGAACUUUACCAGAGGACAAGGCCAAGGUCAUUCUGAAGCAACUAGUUGAUGCUGCAAAGGAGCUUGAGGAUAAAAACAUCUUUCAUCGGGACAUCAAGGGAGAAAACAUUCUGAUUGAGACCGGCUCAGAUGUGCCUCGUGUUCGCAUCAUUGACUUUGGACUGAGCUGCUUUGUUAAGCAGCGAUCUCUGUAUCGCGUCUUCUAUGGUACUCCUCUUCACACCCCUCCCGAGUGGUACAGGAGGAGCUGCUACAGGUGUGGACCCACCACGGUGUGGCAAAUGGGAGUGGUGCUGUAUGAAGCGGUUCAUGCACGGGACUUUGAUACCGAGAGGUUCCUCAGCAAGAAACUGACCAUCAAAAAGCGUCUGUCCACAAAAUGCCGGAAUUUCUUGGAAGCAUGCUUAACUAAAGUCCCGGAGAAGCGCCCAACACUGGAGGAGCUCCAGCAUCACCCCUGGCUAAGAUAACACACACAAACACACAAAUCACACAAUUCACAUCUUAUCAUGCAAGUGUGAUACAUUGUAGUAACUUGCUUUCUUUUUUCUGUUGGACAGGAAUAGAUAGAAUGGGACAAUUAAAAAUAAAAUCAAAAUUUUGCUUUCUUGGAGUUCCUGUAACCCCCCCAGCCAUCCCAGGAAAGGGGAUCUCUCUUUGAAUGGGCUUUCCCGAGGUUUCUUCCCAUCAAUCUGGCCCCCUGGGGAGUUUUUCCUCGUCUUCAUAGAGAGCUUGGGCUGGGUCAGGUGCUCCCUCAAAACUGUCUUUAUUUGAUGACAUCAAACAAAGAUGUUUUACUUAAAGUAAAAUUUGAUAACAAUAAAACUUGUUUAAUUCA